UGUCUGUCGCCUCAUAUUGAAUUUCAGCGCGACAGCAGUCGGCUUUCUCUCCAGAAGAUCGGGUUUAAAGAUCGUUCGCUGCCUCUCGCUCUCCUCUCUCUCUCAACGCUCUCUCCUUCUCCCCAUCGCUACUUGCCCCCUCUCUCCUCCCGUCCACAGACCCGCACUUGGGCUGGAAGUUUCCCCAGAGCAGAGCCGCUCCACCGUCCUCGGUGCGCCCGGAGAGUCGGAGAAAUGAAGCUUCACUAAGAGAAGAAAGAAGAGAGGAAGGGGCUAACAAGGCGAAAGGAAUAAAUCAUUGAGAAGAGUCACCACCGAAGACGUCCAAGCUGAAUUCCCCGGGCCUGCUGACUAUGCCCCAAAGCUCCACCUCCAGUGAGGAUGAGAUGGCCCAGAGCUUUUCCGACUACUCUGAUGAUUGUGCCUCCGAGAGCUCCCGCGAAGAAACCAUCUAUGAGACUAUAAGGGCCACUGCAGAACCAUCGCAGAACCGCAUGGACGACAUUCACACGAACUCACUGGUUAUCCGUCUCUUGAUCCCUGACUUGCAGCAGACAAAAUGCAUGCGCUUCAACCCGGAUGCAACGGUCUGGGUUGCCAAGCAGCGGAUCCUUUGUACACUUAAUCAGAGCCUGAAAGAUGUGCUCAACUAUGGGCUUUUCCAGCCAGCGAGCAACGGGAGAGAAGGCAAGUUCCUGGAUGAAGAACGCAUCCUCCGAGAAUACCCCCAGCCAAUCAGCAAGGGCGUCCCAGCUCUGGAGUUCCGAUACAAGAGCAGAGUCUACAGACAGCCCAAUGUCGAUGAGAAACAGAUCGCCAAACUUCAUACAAAGGCCAAUCUGAGGAAGUUCAUGGACCUUGUUCAGCAUAAUCAAGUGGACAAAGUGGCCAAGAUGUUGGAAAGAGGCUUUGAUCCCAACUAUCACGAUAGUGACACUGGCGAGAGCCCAUUGACAUUUGCAGCUCACCUGGACAAUGCGGGGGAGAUCAUAAAGGUGCUGAAGAAUGGAGGAGCUCAUUUGGACUUCAGGGCAAAAGAUGGCAUGACUGCUCUUCACAAAGCUGCAAGGUCGAAGAACCAGAUUAUACUCACGACGCUGCUAGAAUUGGGAGCUUCUCCAGACUACAAGGACAGCCGGGGUCUGACUCCCCUGUAUCACAGUGUGGUGGUGGGUGGGGACCCAGGCUGCUGCGAGCUUCUACUGAACCACCACGCUUCUGUGUGUUGCCAAGACGAGAACGGCUGGCAUGAAGUUCACCAGGCUUGUCGUCAUGGCCAUGUGCAGCACCUGGAGCAUCUGUUGUUCUAUGGAGCAGACAUGGGCGCCCAGAAUGCCUCGGGAAAUGCUGCUCUACACAUCUGUGCCCUAUACAACCAGGAUAACUGUGCCAGAGUGCUGCUAGUUCGUGGAGCUGACAAGGAAGUAAAGAACUACAACAGCCAGAGUCCUUUUCAGGUUGCCAUUAUUGCUGGAAACUUUGAGCUUGCUGAGCUCAUCAAGAACCACAAAGAGUCUGAUAUAGUGCCUUUCCGUGAGGCUCCAGCCUACUCCAAACGCAGAAGGGGUCCAUCUUCUGGCGACGGCAGUGGAGACGGCCAGUCGGCCUCUUCGUUAUCAGCGCCACGGGUCCUUCUGCGCUCCAACAGCGAUAACAACCUAACAGUCAGUCAGUACCAGCAGCAGCAGCACGGUUCUCCUGGCAACUGGGCCCCCCAUCUGCAGCAGCACCAACACGCCCAGCACCAAUCACACCGGGCGCCCCAGCAGGGUCACUCACAGCCUGGCUCCUCAGCAUUACAUCGCAGCCUGUCACCCCAGCUGCUCCAGCAGAUGCCCAGCGGCAGCCCCAAUGGAAAUGUGGUGGUUCGGACCAUGGGGAGAGGUGCAAGGAGCCGGUCACCCUCCCUCAGCCGGCUGGGGGAGGAGGCCAGACGGGCUGCACCUUCACAGCGCCAACCAAGCCCCAGCAGUCGUGGAGAGGCAGUUGGAACCAGAAGGAAGCUGUACAGUGCAGUUCCAGGAAGACACUUCGUAGUGGUUCGUUCGUAUACAGCCCAAGCUGAGGGGGAGAUCAACCUCUACAAGGGCGACAGGGUCAAAGUUCUGAGCAUCGGAGAGGGGGGUUUCUGGGAGGGCAGUGCCCGUGGCCAGGUGGGCUGGUUUCCAGCCGACUGCGUGGAGGAGAUCCCCGCCAAAGCCACAGAGGAGAGGAACUAUUCCCGAGCAGACCGUGCUGACAGACGGAAGCUCUUCAGGCACUACACUGUGGGCUCCUAUGACAGCUUUGAUGCUUCAAGUGACUGCGUGGUGGACGAGAAGACGGUGGUGCUGCAGAAAAAGGAGAAUGAGGGAUUUGGCUUCGUCCUGCGUGGGGCAAAAGCGGAUACGCCCAUUGAGGAGUUUACUCCCACACCUGCCUUUCCAGCCCUGCAGUACCUGGAGUCUGUGGAUGAGGGAGGAGUGGCAUGGCAAGCAGGACUUAGGACGGGGGACUUCCUCAUCGAAGUGAACCAGGAGAAUGUGGUGAAGGUGGGCCAUCGACAGGUGGUCAACAUGAUCCGCCAGGGAGGCAACCGGCUCCUGAUUAAGGUGGUGACAGUGAGCCGGAAUCUGGACCCCGAGGACACAGCACGCAAAAAAGCUCCUCCACCUCCAAAGAGAGCCCCCACCACAGCCCUGUCAAUGCGCUCAAAGUCGAUGACGUCUGAACUCGAGGAACUCGUGGAUAAAGCCACUCUAAGGAAAAAGAAAGGUGAUGCGCAGAAGAAGAGGAUUGUUUUCCAAGUCACUCUAAACAAAGUAGAAGAGAUGACCCAUGCCCAGAAGACAUCACCUGUUGACAUGAAGAUAGCCACAAUUAAACCACGCCCAUCCAGUCGCUGCUUGGUUACGCCAACUGAUAUGAAUUCCUUGUAUCAUGACCGCCAAGGAGUAGCUGUGGUGCCACCCACUGUGCCAGGAGCCUUCCUGGGGAUACCUGAGAAGGGCACUAUGAAAAAGCAAAAGUCCAUAGGUACAUCGGAGGAUGAGAAACAGGGAUUCCUCACACCUCCCCUACUCAAGUUCUCACGCAGUCUCUCUAUGCCUGACACCUCAGAGGACAUCCCUCCUCCCCCAGCCAUUUCACCCCCUUCACCACCUGCCUACAACUCAGCUGCUGGACCUACACCCAAGAGCUAUGGCACAACACGACCAAGCUUUACCCAAAACUCGCCCAAUGCAGUGACGACCAUAAGCCGGACCACCGACGUCGGUACGUUGAGGCGUGGCUAUUUCCGUCAGAGCUCUGAGCACUUUGAGAGCACACGAACUCGGGGGCGUACGCCAGUGCCUGAGAACCCGUAUUCAGAGGUGGGCAAUAGGACGCUGUAUGUGCCAGCAAAACCAGCCCGAAGGAAGGGUAUGUUAGUAAAGCAGUCUAACGUGGAAGACAGCCCAGAGAAGACGUGUCACAUGCCAACAAGUCCAUCAGGCCCAGUUUCCAUGCCUACUACGCCUGUAGAAAGAACAUGCUCCUCUAUCCCUAUUCCCACCAUCAUUGUAAAGGAGCCAUCCACUAGCAGCAGUGGCAAGAGCAGCCAGGGUAGCAGCAUGGAAAUUGAGCCUACAACCCCUGAACACCCGCCUCUCACACCUGCUGUCGGUGGAAGUGGAGGUUUACGCCCUGAAGACCCCCUUUCACUAAGCAACCCCUUUGCAGCAGCUAUUGCUGGAGCAGUACGGGACCGCGAAAAGAGGCUCGAGGCAAAAAAGAACUCGAUUGCCUUCCAGUCAAUAGACAUCGGGGAUGAUGACUUGAGUGGUCCCACGCCAACCCCUCGCCUUCGCCAGUCCAAGUCCAUCGAUGAAGGCAUGUUCAGCAGCGACGAGCGUCUUCAAAGGAUAUUAGCCCCUCCUUUGGCAAAGCAGCUCGGUCGCCCUGUUGGUGGCGGUAGUGGAAAUAUGACAGAUUUCAACACUCCUGAGCCCACAGUUGUUUGGGAGCCACUAAACACUAGAACAGGGCAGUGUCCCAACCUGGACAGUCCUGUUAGCCUCCCAGCCACUCCUCCUAAGAGCCACUACAGGGCCAAUGGAACCUACCUCCAUCCUGUCACUGGCAAGCCGUUGGACCCUAAUUCUCCACUAGCUCUGGCCCUUGCAGCUCGUGACCGGGCCAUGAAAGAGCAACAAAACCAUCCUCAGAAUCAGUCUCAAAAUAAUCCUCAGGUUCAACAAACCCCCAAGCAUGAAGCCCAGUCCCUGCCAGUUCAGCAAAGUCACAAACCUGACCUCAACCAGCCUCUAUUUAUUGACACCAAACUCCGCUCUGGAAUCGAGACGAGUUUUGCUGCAAUCUCCACGGCAACAAUGGGACGGCCUGGCCGAGGUGGCCUUCAAAGACAAAUGACAGAGCAGAAGUACGAGUCUGAUGGAGCACGGGAAGAGCGGCAGCAUCAGGCACUUGAAGAGAGGAAAAGCGCACCAGCAGAUGUGGCAGACACAUCACAGCCCAAGUCAGCUGGAUUACUGAUGGUUCACACCAGCACAGACAUAAGCAACAAGGCGAACAACCAAGAGGCCGAGGGGCAGGACAGCAACCGACCGUCUGAGCUGAAAGAUCCAAACCAGCCUGAUCCUCUUAGUUCUUCAACACUGUCCACUCCACAGCCACCCACAUUAAGGAGGAGGAGCAUUCCUUUAGGCGAAUCCAUGGACGAACCUGUAAAACUGCCCUUUCGCAUCCCUCCUCCCCCUCUGGCCUCAGUUGACAUUGAUGAAGAAUUUGAGUUCUCAGAACCCCUCCCCCCACCUCUGGAGUUUGCAAACAGUAUUGACAUUCCUGAUGACCAGGCUAGUGCCAUUGCAGAGAUGAUUCAGCAACAGAGACGGAAUGGGGGGCCUUCUCUACCCCCAUACCACCCUCAUGCCCCACCACCUGUCACUGAUCAACACAGAAGGUUGGCAAACAAUAUGCCCCCCUCGUAUGCCCCUCCACCUGACCCAGAAUCAGGGGUAGGUGACUCAGGCAUUGAAGAGGUGGACAGCCGCAGUAGUGGGGAUCCUCAGCACAUGGAGACCACCAGCACAGUGUCUAGCAUCUCCACCCUGUCAUCAGAAGGAGGCUUCUGUGACAGUGCUUUGGAGAGCCUCUAUGCCACUGCAGACGGUCACGCCUUCCUGGUGGAUCGGCCCCCUGUGCCACCAAAGCCCAAGAGCAAGUCUGUCAUUAAUAGAACGUCACUUUAUCACGAUGCUCUCAUUGAAGAGCCACCAGAGUCUUAUGGGUCACCGCCUCAGGCCCCUCUCCCUCCUCCCUCGUCCUCUGAACCUCCUAGGACUCCUACUCAAAGGACCUCCAAGCUGUGGGGUGAUCAGCCCCCUGAGCUACGCAGCCCCCCAUCCACACCAGACUCCAAGAACACAGUUAUCACUGAGCUGAGCACCAUUCUACAGCAUAUGAAUCGCGACAGGCCAAACAAGCCAGGAGAAAGCCUUGACUCCCCAACAGGCACCAGAGGGGGCUUCGGAACAAGGCCUCCUACCGAUGACUCAGGAAUGCGUAACAAUGCUGCCGCCGCUACCACCCUCACCUCCACCCCUCCCAGCAGUCUCCCAUCCCAGACGCACCCCUGCAGCCCUCCAGACUCGGCGUCCUCCCUCACCCCCUGCUCUUCACUGCCUCCCUCUGUGUCGCCCACCCUCACAGACGUCUUCGGCCUGCCAACCCCACCUUUGGGCAGCGGCGGCGGCUACAGCCUGAGCUCCUCGUGUGGCGGCAGCGGGAGCUCGCGCUCUCCAUCUCCACUUACGCUGAUGCAGGCCGUGGCAGCCUCAGGCAAGCCUUUCGCCUCCAAACCCAUGGAGCUGUGGAGCAAGCACGACGUGGCGGACUGGCUGGAGAGUCUCAACCUGGGGGAGCACAGGGACGCUUUCCUGGACAAUGAGAUCGAGGGUGCUCAUCUGCCCUCGCUGCAGAAGGAGGACCUGAUAGACCUGGGCGUGACAAGAGUGGGCCACCGCAUGAACAUUGAGAGGGCCCUCAAGCUGCUGCAGGACAGACAAGCCCCGAGGUGACGGGCUGGCGACGUGUGGAGUCAGGGCCAAGGAGAGGGAGGUGUCACGAAUCACUUUUACCAAUCUCUUCAUCAGACAUAAUCUCAAGACGUGGAACCGGGUGGAAGUUUUGUCCAAGCUGAUGCUGCCUCUUGCUGUGUAUGUCUCCUCCCAUCCUCCGCUGUCGGCCUCAUCUCAGUGCUCCAGUGUUGUUCGCCCUCUUCCUGCUUCCCACUGUCCUGAGCAUCAGGGGAUCAUGGGAUGUUUGGGGGAACUGCAGGGGGAGAAAGAAGAGAAUAGCUGCUAUGUCAAAUCAAGGCGAGAGAAAGGAGGACAGUAUGUGGGACUGUAAAGAAAACAACAUAUUCUGGAAACACUGGGAAAAAACACUUGUCUGGAAGUUUCUUCACACAAAGACUCGUGGUCACCUGACUGCUUUGGAUACUCAAGACUUUUUCCAUACACCCCGGUGUGGGUGCAUGAAAACCCAGCUGAGCUGGUCGUUGCUCCUUUUCUAUCUUUGCUAGAGUUUGUUCAGAGAAUAUUUCUUCACUAGAGUCCUACCGGAGUUAUAUUUCUGGGUGCAUCUAAGGUUGUAGAGAACAAUUUGAGAUAGACUUCAUUUUUGUUCUUUUUUGUUCUUUUUUGCUUUUCACCUGUUUGUGUCAAAACAACAGCAUUUGCUGACAUGUUUAACUAAUACUAAACCAUAUCCACACACACACACACACACACACACACUUUCUGCACAGUGCCACAAGCUGACGAAUGAGAUUUCACACAGUCUUUACAUCCUGAGCACUUACACACGUGUAGUUACUGCGAUGGCCUUCUUCCCUGACAAAGAUCAAAGUGUGGAGAGGGGUGGUCACCAGAGGAGGAGCUGCGCCCGAGCUGGGUCCGUGAAGUCCUGCGGCAGUCCGCACCUGCUCGGUGUCCACCUCGUGACUCAAGAAAAACCAAGGUGAGGAUGCAAGAUGGACGUACAGAUGUUGGAACAGGAAAAUGGUUGUGCCAGCUUCGCUGAGAGUGCGUCCUUCUCCUCUCUCGGUUUUUCCUUUCCUACUUCUGUGUGCAUGUGUGUGUGUUAAUAGUUCACCCAAAAUAUCAUUAAGGUCCAUUUAACUAUUUCUAUGAAUCUGCUAUAUAGGGCACUUAUAGAGAAACGAAAAGUGUUACUUUUUGUAUUUUUACCAUCAAAUCUUCUUCACUUACAGCAGGUCGGCACCUGCCCACAGUAUGGCCCACAGUAACGCUAACGUACCAGACACCCUGUGUGUAAGUGGUAGAACAGAGUGGUUAUUACACUGUGUGUUUCUAGCAUUCGUGCAUUAUUUUGGGAAAUCCACUUACUCGCUUUCUUGCUGUGAAAUAGAAAGAUCGAUAUCGCUCUCUUACUGGUCGCUGAGAGCUGGAGUGAAAUGCAAAACAUCCGUCCACCUGUUUUAUGCUCACUUUCAAUGAGAGCAGAAGAUAUGACACAUCGAUACGCAUAAACACGCAUUUAUUCAAACAAAGGAAAACUAUCAACCAACAAAUGUAAGGUGGUCUAAACCUUACUAAGCUUCCACUGUGUGGGAUGAUGAGAAGAUGGUCAAGUUUUUCACAUGAGUUUGACUUUCAACUGGAACUUUGUCAUUUCAAGAGAGAGACUGUCUUUCACAAACUAGUACCAACUACUCGGCUUUGCUACUUUGAUAAAUGUACUGCAGAUAGUGCUGACAGGAUUCUUACACUGGAUCCAAGCUAGGAGACAUCAUCCUGUAGUUUGUUUAUAUACAUUUCCCUUGUUUUUCCUGGUCCUUAGCAGGAUAUAACACCGGACAGCAGUAAUGCACCUACAGGCUGUUUGCAUCGUUAAAUCACAAAAAUGAGAGAAGGCCACCAGAAGCCUGUACUGUGCAGCAGGAUUUUAGGCCAUCCAAGUAACUUCUGGGUUAACUCUUGGUUUUCUGUAGUGCAAAGGUGGUUGACAUCAUACUGGGGUACAUCGCUAUGGUAACUUACGAUGUCCACCUAAGUCAUUGGCUACUGACCAAUCAAUUCUCCAGAAAAUAGCAGGAUCCCUCUGACCUCUACAGGCAGAGUAGGAGGGACUAAAGUCUUUCAGCAGUGCCUAAUGUCUCUGCGCUUCCCUGAUGAUUAUCAGAAAUAAAUAUAGAUUUGUAGAUAUUACUUUAUAAUUGAAUGUUUUAUCCGUCAGCUGCAUCCUAAAACAGGACACCUACACUGUACUUGCUGUCCUCAUAUGACAUCUCUGCACACAUUAAGCCUUUGAACUGUUUUUAUAUUUAAUCUGUCAAACCCCUUAAACAGCACUGAGUCUGCAACUGAAGGAAUAAAAACUAAAACUGUCAGGAGAAGGUUACAGAUUGUAGAUUCUCUGCUGGGGAAACACAUUUUACAUGUGCAGCUUGUUAAGCUGGACCUACAACCACAGAAUGAAGCGUAAACUUUCCCAUUGUCCCCCGAAUGUGCGCAUAUAAAUUUGGUGAUUUAGAAAACGUGUAAAAUGUUGUUAUACUUGAUUCUGAUCUGCUGCGAGAUAUCUUUUGCAGCUACUGGGAUGAAGAUCGCCCAACAAGAGCACCUGUUCAACCAGUCAGAUUCAUUUCUCCUUUAUCAGGCUGUGGGCAGUAACAUUUAAUGUUUAAAUGACUCCUGUUUAACGUUUCAGAUCUUUAAAGUGCACCUUAAAAACAAACAGCAGCAUGGAGAGAGCAUUCAGGAAUAAUAUAAAUGUUGCAGCUGUGUGCGAGAAAUCACCAGAUUCAUGCUUUGUAGCACUGCUGUCCCAUCUUAUUUGCAGCAAUGUUGCAUUUGCUGUUAGAUUUUUAUCAUCAUCUGAUUGGUGUGGGUGACACUCACAGGGAUCGUUUUGUGUGGAAGAAGACUCAUAUAUGACCAGUGAAAUGCUCCUUUCAGAUUGGUCAAAUGCUGCCAACACCACUCCUUUCAUAUACCCGUGCUGAUGAAACCCUAAAUUAGUUUUGGGAGUUGAUAACCAGCUUUGAGUGACCACUUAUCCUUAUUGCUAAUGUUAGGAUGAGUGAAUCCACAUAAUGGAAAGUUGGUUGUGUAGAACUUGCUGUGGUACAGGACCCAGGUGUUCUAACUCAGUACCAGAUACUGGACUGGUAAAUCAUCUGUCUGGUAAAGUGUUUGCUUUAUGAGACAGACAUGCUGGAAGCAUUACACUUAAUCCAAAGAUUAAGUAAAUGGUAAAUGGACUGGUUCUAGCGCUUUUCUACUCAUCUGAGCACUCAAAGUGCUUUACACAACUUGUGCAUUCACCCAAGCACACCUUUCUAAGAUGUGCGUGAAUGUAUAGCUAACAUUCACACACUCACAUGGAUGCAUCGGAGAGCAAUUUGCCAAGGAUAUUUGGCAUGUAGACUAGGGGAAGCCAGGAAUCGAACCACCAACCUUCCGAUCAGUGGAUGACCUGCUCUACCUCCUGAGCUACAGCCACUCACGUCAGUUACUAGUGAAUAUCAGUAUUUUUACUUUAAACGUCAGUCCUAUUUAGAGCACACACGUGUUUCUAGAUCACUGAAGGAUCAUUUUUUCUGUAUUAUAAAACAAAAAAGGUUUCGUACAUAUCGGACAAAACAUACACGGACACAACACGUUAGUAUCCAAUAAUAAUCGGUUGGAAUAUCACGUGAUUCCGUGUAGAAAAGGACACUCAUUUAGAAACAAUGUUUCUCUUUUACAACUGCAUUUACAGCUUUAGAAGGUGUAGACAGUAAAAAGUCAAACUCAGGUACACUAACUAAAUUGCUCAGUUGAAGAAUGCAUUGACUUAUAGAAGUAGGUAAAACUGAGAUGUUCAUGCAGUUCUCUGUGCAAAGAGUGCAAAGUAGGUUAGCUUAGCAUCGAGUCGAGCCACAGGUUGUGAAAAGAUUUGUUGGUGAGGACCUUUAUCUUGUCUUUGAUUAUUGAGGUGGAUAUUUCUCCCUGAGCUCGACUCACAGACAGAAGACUGGUGCAGAUUUUCUUCCUGGAAGAAAGAAGUGUGUGUAUUUCCCAAAAUACUGAGCUGCUUAAGGUUCUCACUGGAUGGCGUUUUGUUGCGUUUGACUCCAGUGUGAAAUCCUUUACAAACAUUCUUUUGUUUACUUUUGAACUUUUACAUGUUUGAAUAUACCAGAAUGCUUUAAGCAAACUAACGUUUAAGAACUUCAGUUCAGUGAUUGGUAUUUCAAAAGCUACGAUAAGUAACAUUUUUAUGGAGCAAAAAAGAAUCAUUGAAACAUUUUGUAUGCUGUUUUUUGCUUAUGAGGAAAAUAAUAACAAACUGUGUGCAUUUGGUUAACUUGAGUUCAAAUCUGACCAGAUUCAAAAUGGAAAAACUGGAACAGUCCUUCGUGGUGGCAAGCAGCACUAAAGCAAACUAAUAGUCACAGACUCUGAAAGCAGACUCUUUGUCUUUAGGGCGUAACAGGACACUUUCUUCUAAACGUCCUUAACUGCAAGCUGGAGUCAGAUGUCAUCGAAUCACGCUGAACCAUUUUCGAGCUUUGGGUUUUACAUAAUUAUGUGUUCACAUUGCCGUCUCCUACAUUCUAACCACUGUGCAAGAAACGGAGAAUAAUCACUUGACCAAGCCAGCACGCGGUCAUCAGUGUGAGCCCGGCGUGAGAGCAGACAGGGAUAGAAAACUGCUGCUCGAUUCGAGUCCCAUAGUUUCACCGCAGCAGAGGCAGGAUUCAGACCGAGGAUCCAGUUUAAACCCAAGUCAGACGGUGCGUUUGCCAGCAGUGAUAACGGGUUAGUCAGAAGUAGAAGUGCAGUAUGCGCUGUCGUGUAUAUAAGAGUGUUUAAAUGGAUUAAAAUGUCUAUUAGAUUAUAUGUAUAGAUCUAUUCAGAUGUUUAGAAGAAAAAAAUUCUAAGAAGAUAGAUUUAUUGUUGUCAGAGCUGACCUGAUGACCUAAGCACUGGUCUCAUUUGCCCCGUCAUCAUCUGUAACCAGCUCGCCCCCCUCCGCCCUCCACCUCCGUCAGUCACACAGCUCCGUAGAUAGAAGGCGCUCUCUCCAAGUAGAUUUUUUCAGAGCACUCUUAGAUAGAGCGUUGAUAUGUGCUUGACAGUAAGCAGUGUCUGGAAAUAUAUCUGGUUUUCUUCUGCCCUUAUUUGCGUUCAUGUCGCACUCCACAGCUUCACGUAGGCGCUGCUUUUUGAGGUGACAAAUGAAACAUACACAAGUUCUGUGUUCUGUGAACAUUAGCCGUACGGAGGCCGGCACGGGACAAUGCUGCUACAAUCCUGUUCCUGUUUGAACUUCUUUUCAAAACACGUACAGUGGCGUGCCAGGCGGGGUAGAAAAGCACAGUAUUUUUAAAGAUUUGUAUAGAGUUCUAUGAAAUUUUAUAGAGGUUACCUGAACAAAAACUGUUCAACACUGAUGUGUGGAUUGCCAAACAGAAAUACCAUAUAUACGUAGAUGCGAUGUGGAUAUUAUUAAACUUAUGGGUUAUGUAAGAAGCAAUAUUUAUUCUAACUGAAUCUCCUUGGUUGUGUUUUCUUUUGCCAUUUUAAAGUUACAUAUCAUGAUGCAAUCACUUGUCAGUGUUUUAUUAAGCGUUGCCUAAAAUAGAUGCACUCUCUACUGCAGUAGUAAUACUUUGGCCAAUCAAGUGACCACUGAACCCAGGCUUUGAAAUCCCCGAGUCUGGGUUUUUUGUUAAAAAACACAAAAGUUACAUUUCUAAAAGUAUAUCUGCAGGCCAUGUUGAUAGGAAACUAUAUGAAACGUAUAUAUAUAUAUAUGUGUGUAUGUAUACAUACAGAGAUCCACCAAAAAGAUGUGCGGUGCCUGUUGAUCCCUUCCUGUGGAUCAGUGGGUCACUCAGCACUUUUAUCUGUGGACAUGUAGAGCUGAGUAGAUGUAGUAAUAAUCUUUAAAGAGCAUCACCGUAGCGUGGCGUUUCACCGGGCCGUGUUCACCACAGGCAUGGCUCACUAACCCACUUCCACUCCCCGUCAAAACACUGCUCCCACUCUUUCAUUGUCCAACAUUUGGGUAACUUUUUCUUUUUUUUCUUUUCUUUUUGAUCAAUUAAGUUCUGUUUUUUUUUCCAUGAAUAGAUUUUACUCAUUGAUUAAGUCUUCAUAGAGGCUAAGAUGUUUUCGGUAAUUUGUGCAAAGACUUGUGUUCAUGUUUUCUAUGUUGCUGUAAUUUUGUGCUAUUAAAUCAUCAUAGAGUCAACUAAUUACUGAAAUGAAAAGAGAGAGAAUUUUCCUGUAACUGCACUCUUCCUUCCCCCUCCCCCCUCAAUUCCUCAAAACUUCUUGUAUGGCAACCAAAAUUCACUGUAAGAAAUAAAUAUAAUAUUGCA